AAAUCGAUUUUUCGAUUAAUGUAUCUCAGAUCCCAACCCUAUUGUGAAGGAAAAUGGAAGUUAGCCAUUUGUCCGAUAACCAAACAUUAAAAUAUUUUCGCGUUUCACUAGAAAUUCAUUGAAAAAGAAAGUGAUGCGGUUACUUUUAAUUAUUUCGUGGUAUGGGUAACACAAUAAAAUAACUCAAAAUGGAAGGAGAGGAGUUCAACCUCCAAUGGGAGGAAGUAGUGAUAAAACAUAGCCCUGGUCAUGGAGAAUCAUCAGAGGGAGUUAUGUGUGCCCUUGAUAGUCAAGCUUCAUCAUAUGAUAAUACGGCCUCACAGGGGAUGAUACCAGACACAGAUCAAAUGGCUGCAGAGAACUUGAUGUACCUAGCACAAGAUGUAGUGAGUUACACAGAAACUGCUGAGCUUGCUGAUGAUCCUAAUGUAGAAUGUGUCACUGAAGAAGUUAUUACAGAUGAUUGGGUUGGUGGUCAAGAAAGGGUUGAAGUAUCAUUAGAACAUUUUACACAACCUGUAUCAGAUGUCAAGAUAGAAAAUGAACUUGAUGUACCCUUGCCCACAGAUCAGGACGAAUACACGGCAAUGCGGCCAUGGCCGUGCGAUUUCUGUUCACGACGGUUUCGCAAGAAAGCAGCCCUUAUGAACCAUAUGGUUGCGCAUCAGAAUGAUCGCCCGCACGCGUGCAAUUUGUGCGGGGUUCGCUACGUGCGCAAGUGUGAUCUCAUGAACCACCUCAAAGUACACGCCUUUGUACCCGACAACCAUGACGCCGUUGAUUAUGAAAUUUUAGAUAACAAUCAAAUAAUUAAACCAAAGAAAAAGAGAGGAAGACGAAAAAAGAAUCCGGAACCUGUAGAGAAUGGGAUGUGGGAGAACAUGACAUCAGCGCGGACACAGCAAUGGUCUCGUCGCGCUCGUACUUCCCCCAAGCAGCAGCCGCCGCCGACGCCGCCGUCGCCGCCCUCUCCCCCGUCACCCCCCUCUCCUCCGCCUCCGCCCGCGGACCCUUCUCGGCCGUUUGUCUGCAGACAUUGUGGUAUUGGAUUCGCUAGAGAGAAGGCACUGCAAUCACAUGCUAGGAUUCACGGUGGCGAUUCACCCAUAGAAUGCGGUGAAUGUGGCGAAUUAUGUUGGUCGCGCGAAUCUUUAGCAUCGCACGCAGCACAGCGACAUCCACAUCUACCACCGCGUUCCCGACAACCAGAAACACCAUACCAGGACUCUGAUGAAGAUGACGACAUGGACUUCCAGCUGUCGCCAGAGGCGCCGCAGACAAGUGACCGUGUGUAUGAGAACGUGCGCGGUCCCGAGUUGUUUUGUCAGGACUGCGGCGUCGCGUUCCAACGUGCUGAUCUGUUGAGGCGGCACGUCGCCGCCGCCCAUAGUUACAAGCGACACGACAGCAGUAGCAGCACGUGGGGCGAGCACACGUGCGACGUGUGCGGCGAGAGUUGUACAGACGCGUUGCAACUGUUGGCUCACGCCGAGCGGCACGCGGACAGGCCGCGCGCACACUCUGAAGCGCCCAGAUUAAAAAAGUCGUCGCGAGGGAGAAAUAAUUUGUCAUCUUCGAGUAGUUCAAGACAGUUUCCAUGUAGAGAGUGUGGCAAAGUGUUCGGAUCGAGGAGUUCUCAACAGAUCCAUAUAAGGAUACAUACGGGUGAGCGGCCAUACGCAUGCCGUUUUUGUUGGAAAGCAUUCGCUGACGGUGGCACGCUCAGGAAGCACGAGCGUAUACACACAGGUGAGAAACCUUAUGCGUGCGCGGUGUGUCCUCGUGCGUUCAAUCAGCGCGUCGUCCUUAGGGAACAUGUUCGAUCUCACCAUUCCGCGCCGGAUAGAAGAGCCAAUGGUGGUCCCGCGUACAGCUGUGUAGUAUGCGGACGAACGUUACAUUCCAGUGCAGAUUUAGUGCAGCAUCUAAUACAACAUUGCGAUGUGAAUACGGCGUUAAAACGACAACCUCAGACUGGCCCCCGUAAAUAUAAGCGUCGACGGAAACUGAAGACUGAAAGUUCGCCGGCGCGCGAGUGGGAGCGCGGUUCCAUGUCUCGUUCCCCGUCUCCCGCCCGCUCGGCGACUCCGCCCCGCUCGCCGGCCCCGCCCCUCUCGCCCGCCCCACCGUCACCCCGCUCCCCGCCCGCGCUGGAGCCCCGCCGCAGGAGGCGGCGCGCCCCGCCCCCGCCGACGCCCCGCCCCCGCAUGAUACACACCGAGGAUCCACGGCCCCGCACCAAACAGGUCCGUCAACGUAGGCCUCCUCGUCACCCCGCGGACGACCUGCGCGCUAUCAGGCCGCCCUCGCCCGUCACCGGACGCCGCGCCGCCCCCUCACCGCCCCCCGCCUCGUUACCGUCCCCGUCCCCACCCCCGGCGACGCCAUCCCCGCCCGCGUCCCCCCCACCGGCCACUCCGUCCCCACCCACGUCUCCUCCGCGCGUUGACGCCGGCGGGCCGUUCAGAUGCGAGAUGUGCGCCCUCGAGUUUCCCCGUCGCAACGAUCUACUGCUUCACGUGCCCGUGCAUAUAUGA